CUUGAGCUAUUUGAAUUUUGAAUUUGAACUUAGGAACUGAUUCAUCUGGAUUUUCAUUGUUACAAUCAAUUUAAAGUAAAUAAGCUGAACUUAUAAAUGGAGAAAUUGAGGUUGGGGACUGGUGAUCAGGUGAAGGACGAUAAGUAUAAAAAUGAUAAUUACUUUGAAGAUGAAGUAUUUAUAGGAAAAAUGUGCUUGGAAGAAGCGAAAAAAUGUAUUUUUAUGCGCCCUUACCGUAAACCGUUUUCGUUUGAUAGAACUCCUAUGAACACAGAUAAAACUACCAGCAGUAAAAAAAUUAUUGAAAUGCAUUCAGAGCCUGACCUUAUUUCAGAAAGAGAAAAUGAGUUUAUAUUACAUGAUAAUACUAAUCCCAGACGCAUUUCUAAUCCCAAUAUUUCACAAAUAGAAGCAUGUUCAAAUUGGGAUUUGAAUUCCCCUGAGGAUAGUUUUUUAAAGCUAGAAAAAAUGGUGGCAAAUUUAUUUAUGUCACCGAAGAAAGAAGAACUAGAUAAUACAUUAGAUAUUGUGAAGAAAAUACCAGGAAAUAAUGUAUAUUUUAAUACAUCCCCUCCUGAUUUAUUGCCUGCGAUGAAUACUGAAAUAAAUGUGGAUUCCAAUCUAAUUGUUAAGCAGGAAUCUAAUAAAUUCACAGAAAGUAUAAAAGAAGAACUUAUUGCAUCUUCAGAUAAAUUCUGUAAACAGGACAAAAAUCAAGAAUCAAGUUCCCAACAACAAAACAGCAAUAGUAAAAAGACUGAUCAUUUAAAAACACCCAUAUUUAAGACACCAUCUACUACAAUAAAAGGAAGAAAACAUUUGGACCUACAUAAUAAAAAUCCUAAAAAGACAGUACACAAAUUCAAUGCAUACGAACACAUAACUAGUCCAGUAGCUUCUUAUAUAAAGAAAUCUCAAGUGCCUCUUGUUAAAGAUGUUUGUCCAAAGAAACCACUAAGUUGUUCAUCACAUAUACCCAAACCAGUUAAGACUAAUUUAGAACUUAAAAGCAAUAACAAAGAAAAUGUAAUUUUAACACCAGUUGCAUACAAAAGUGCUAAGAAAACAAAAGUGAUUAAAUUGCCCAAUAAGGAGAAGAUGCCAAAGAGCCCAUGGGCUGAACAAGUUGCUUCAUCAUUACCGAAAUCAUUUGUGAUCAAACAUGAUCACAGAGAAACGAACCUUAUAAAAAAACCUGUGCCAACAUUUCAAGAUAGUUUUGCUGAUCUAUCUUUGCACCAGGCUGAUGUAUCUGUUUGUACACAAAAACCUGCAUUUAAAAAGCUUUAAAAUAUGUAACUUAGACUUGAUAUUUAUGAAUUCUGAAUGACAUUGAGAUUAAAGUUUAAAAUAAAACAA